CCCUGGCAGUUAAACGGGCAGUUGAGGCCCUGAGGUACUACCGAUUAGGGAACCCCUUCACAUUGGUAACAGACCACGCACCCCUCAGAUGGAUUAACAGCAUGAAGGAUGCAAACACACGGAUCAUGCGGUGGUACUUGUCCCUCAAACCCUACUCCUUCCACGUGUUACACCAGCCGGGAAAGGCCCAUGGGAAUGCGGACUUCUUUUUCCAAGUCAGGGAAGAGGAGGGGGAAGAAAUGGCCAAGGGUCAGCCGGGCCCGAGGGCUGCCUUAAGGGGGAAGGUGUGUGACGGGGCAGAGCAGCCCCGCACUGGUACCGCAGGAGUUAACCCUUCCUUCCUAGCAGAGGAAGCCAUGCCCAAGAAGCUCUGCUGGGCAUGCUGCAACUGGAGAACAGGUAUAAAAGCCUGCAGACCAGCUCAGUCGGGGCUCACCACUGGAGGAGAAGGAUGCAGGCUGCUAGCUCCUGAAGAGGGAGAGUCUGUGCGCCAGGAUCCAGGAGUCAGCCAAGCCCAGGCAGUACCUGAGACCCGGAUAGAGGACGUCACAGGGGAGGAACAGACCGGAGGACCCCCCACCGCAGAUGAACUGGUCCUCACGAACUGCUUCUAUUACUGGGGAUUUGCAGCUUGGAUUGCUUAUUACAUCAAUCAUCCUCUUUAUACACCUCCUUCCUAUGGACAAAAACAGAUAAAUUUUGCUGUGAUCAUGUUUCUGAUAUGUGAAGCUGGAAAUUUCUCUAUCCACGUUGCACUCAGUGACCUGAGAAGAGAUGGAUCCAAGAUCCAUAAGAUCCCUUAUCCAACAAAGAAUCCUUUCACAUGGCUGUUUUUCUUUGUAACCUGUCCUAACUAUACGUACGAGGUGGGGGCAUGGAUCAGCUUCACCAUCAUGACUCAGUGUGUCCCGGUGGGAUUGUUCACAUUUCUUUGCUUCAUUCAGAUGACAGUUUGGGCAAAGGAUAAACACUACACCUACAUACGAGAAUUCAAGGAUUAUCCAAGUCUUAGGAUGCCAAUUAUUCCUUUCUUACUGUAAGAAGAAAGAACUGCUUGAAUACCUGAGUGGAACUACAGGAGGACAAAGCUAAUGGUCUCUUUUUACUGAGAAACCUGCUGGCAAAUGAGAGAAUUCAUUUAGAUAACUAAACCAGGGUGGUUCUGCUGCAUGGACUCUCCAUUGCUGUGGGAAAUUCUAUACAAUUGGAAGCUACAUCUCCCUAAUAUUUCUAAAUUUUCAGAAAGUCAUAUUGGUUGCCAUGACUUAAUUGCUUCAUUGGCAGCCAAGGGCCUUUAAGGCUCACUAUUGGCUUAGAUCCUUUCAGUUAGUGACAGUUGUAGCUUCCUGUACUGGCCUGGUUGGUUUUGUGGAUCACCAUGAAGCCUUGCCACCGGGAAGCUCCAACUUGUGGAACAGCAUUCCACAGAUGUGCUGAUUGACCACAGAUUUCUGGAGUCAUCAUCAGGUCAGCUGAUUCAAAGGUAGAUGCGUGUGCUGCCUUCCCUUGCUGGAGAGAAAGUGCUAUGGGGACAGGUGCUUCAUGGGGAAAUGAAGAAGUUACAAAGGAGGGAAAUAGGAGUACUCAGAAGAAAGAGGUGAGCAAUAACUCAUGCCUGAGUUGGCCCGAACACAUACUUUGAUGAGUCAACCUUAAAUCACAAGUCAUUACGAAUAGAACAUCCCCUGUUAGGAAAACUCCUUUAUCAAUAAAUUGCUCACCAGCUAAUUGACUGGAUUUUGAAGAUGUUGUAUCUUCUGUAGCUGUGAUACUUGGCCUGUUUUCAUAAAACAAGUCAUUAUGAUACCAAAAAACUUUUAUCUAGAGGUUUUAUGUUAGUGUUUUCUGAAGAGGUUUUUAAUGUACUUUGUAAACAAAUGCACUAACCUACAGUCCUCAAAAUGAUACUUCUGUCCCUGUUUGCAAAGCAGGGAGAAGGAAUCAGUUACGUAGUGAACCUUCUAUGUUUUGUUUUCCACAAGGUGUUCAGUUUAACUUGGAAGGUUUUCUAUAAAUCUAUUCAAGAAACUACUGCAAAACCUGUCUUAAUGACUUUUUUAAGAACCUAUUUUAGAAUGUAUCUACAAAGAGAAAACAUAUAUAACGUUUUUUCAUGAUGAUUUAUUUACCUAGAAUUGAC